UCCCAAAUCCCAAAAAUGGAGGACGCCUGCAAAUCGGCGCUGAACUUCUUCUCCGAUCAGCAGCUCUGCUACGCCGACAUCCUCACCCCGCCGGAGGUUAUAGCUCGAAUCCAAGUCGCCGUCCUCAACUUCCUCCGAAUCCUGACCUCGCCGGACCCCGCAAUCUCCGACCUCCCUCUCGUCGCUAGAAGCUCAAGCAAUAGUCGACUGAGCCGGGGCCUGGUGACUCAGACUUCAUGGAUUUUCCUGACGCGCUCGUUCUGCACCAGAUCGCUUCUGCGGCCCAAUGCCGCCAAAGCCUUUAUCAGAGUGUGGAAGGUGAUGGCAAUGUGCUCUGAGAUUUUGGGGCAAGGAAAGAGAGUCACGCAGCGGGAGCUCUUCUACAAGUUGCUUUGCGACUCGCCGGAGUAUUUCUCGUCGCAAUCGCAGGUCAAUCGGACUAUCCAAGGUCAGGUUCUUCAGUACCAAACUCAAAUUUAUCACAAUCUUCUAAGUUUGGUUAAAUUGAUUUGUGUGUAUGCAGAUGUAGUGGCAUUGCUUCGCUGCAGCCGUUACAGCCUCGGAAUCAUGGCCUCUAGCCGAGGACUUGUUGCCGGCCGUUUGCUGUUGCAGGAGCCAAACCAAGAGGUUGUGGACUGUGCUGCCUGUGGAUUUUCCGGGCAUGCUAUCACUGGUGACUUGAAUUCGAUAGAUAAGUUGAUGAUGAAAACAGAUGCGCGGUACAUCAUUGUAGUUGAAAAGCAUGCAAUAUACCAGCGGCUGGUUGAGGACCAUGUGUUCAACCAAAUUCCCAGCAUUCUUAUCACUGCCAAAGGGUACCCUGAUAUUGCCACAAGGCUGCUUCUUCAUCGAUUGAGCCGUGCAUUUCCUGAUUUGCCAAUUUUAGCACUAGUUGACUGGAAUCCAGCUGGUUUAGCUAUUUUAUGCACUUUCAAGUUCGGAAGUAUAGGGAUGGGACUGGAAGCUUACAGAUAUGCUUGCAAUGUCAAGUGGUUGGGAAUGCGAGCUGAUGACAUAGAGCUCAUACCUGCAGAAGCUUUGGUUCCAUUGAAACCAAAGGACAUCCAAAUUGCUAAAAGCUUGAUGUCAUCGGACAUGUUGCAGGAGAGCUACAGAGAAGAGCUGACACUGAUGGUUGAGAGUGGCCAGAGAGCAGAAAUUGAAGCACUUUAUUGUCAUGGAUAUGAUUACUUGGGAAAGUUCAUAGCAAAGAAAAUUGUACAAGCCAAUUACAUCUAG